CUCCCAAUAGCAACCGAGGGGACCAACUGCCCUCCGUGGGCGGUUGUUUCCGCUGAGGAGAGAGAAAAGCCCCGCCCCCAACCCUCAACAAGCUUAACUUAUUUACCAAACCAGAACCAAUCAAGAAAGCUGCCUUCGAACAUUCCCACCUAAACCCUUAUCUUUCCGCUUCCCGGUCCCUUCUUCCUUCCUUCCCUUCCUCUCUUUUAUUUAUUUUAUCUCAGUUCUCCCUCUCCGGCGGGAUCUCCAGAUCUUAUUCUUCUUUUCUUCUUCUCCUCCGGAAAGAUUGAUCCCUUCGGUCGUAGGAGGGGUACGAUCUCAUGGCGCGUCGUUACGACCGCAACCCUUUCGACGAGGAGGAGGUCAAUCCCUUCGCGGACCCAGCAGUUCGUGGAAAAGCUGGUGGACAAUCCAGUUAUGGUGGUGGUCCAUUCUACACAACACACCCGGGAAGUGUUCCUCCUGCUUUAAAUUCCAGGCUUUCGCCGCUUCCUCCAGAACCUGCUGAUUUCUACACUGAUCGCAGUGCAACGGUUGACAUUCCUCUUGAUACAACAAAGGAUAUAAAGAAAAAGGAAAGGGAACUUCAAGCCAAGGAGGCAGAAUUAAAUAAGAGGGAAAAGGAACUAAAACGGCUGGAAGAGGCUGCAACCAGGGCUGGCAUUGUUAUCGAGGAGAAAAAUUGGCCACCUUUUUUCCCCAUUAUUCAUCAUGAUAUUGCAAAUGAGAUACCCAUCCACCUGCAGAGGUUGCAGUAUUUUGCAUUUACAUCAUUGUUAGGAUUGACUGCAUGUCUUCUUUGGAAUAUUGUAGCAGUUACAGCAGCCUGGAUUAAGGGGGAAGGUGUAAAAAUAUGGUUCCUUGCCAUCAUCUACUUUAUUUCCGGUGUCCCGGGAGCAUAUGUUUUAUGGUAUCGGCCUCUGUAUCGUGCCAUGAGGACUGAGAGUGCUCUAAAGUUUGGAUGGUUUUUCCUGUUUUACCUGCUUCACAUAUGUUUCUGCAUCUAUUCAGCUGUGGCUCCUCCAAUUAUAUUCAAAGGGAAAUCUUUGACAGGUAUUUUACCAGCAGUAGAUCUUAUCAGCGAUCAUGUUUUGGUUGGGAUCUUCUACUUUAUUGGAUUUGGGUUGUUCUGCGUCGAAUCACUGCUCAGCGUUUGGGUCAUUCAGCAAGUAUACAUGUACUUCCGAGGGAGUGGAAAAGCUGCAGAAAUGAAGCGUGAGGCAGCACGUGGUGCUUUGAGGGCAGCAAUAUGAUGCACAUACUUCAGAUCCUAGGUUCCAGGGUUUCUGGUGCUAUGAGGGCAGCCAUAUGAUGCACGUACUUCAGAUCCUAGUUUCCAGGGUUUCUGUUAAGUGGAAGAUCAGUUAUACCAUCGAACAAGGCAGAUGCGAACAGAUUCAUUUGUUGCUUCAUUUCUUCUCAGCCAUUCUGUGUUUGAGAGUGUCUGACCUCCAAUACCGACCAGCAGACGCUGGUUGCCAUUUUUUGUAUUUUACUGGGGAGAUGUACAGCUUCUUUGAAGGAUUACUUCCUGCUCGUGUUUUACCCAGCUUUAUUCGUUUCUGUGCACUUGUGCUAUCGGAAACAGUGUUGGUUGGUAAUAACAGUCAAUAAUAUUGAUAAACCCUCGAUGAUAAAUGGUCUUCAACA